UCCUUUUGUACUGUGUUGUUGUUGAGUUCGGUUGGUGGUUUUUAACUAGUUAAAAAUGGAGUGGACUAAUGAAAUAGUGAUAGAGUUUUUGGAUUUAUACGAGCAGGAACCGAUCAUAUGGAAUCCCGUCAAUGAAGAACAUAAAGAUAGGAACAAAGUGUAUGAUGCUUGGAAACGGAUUCAAUCAAAUUUCUCGAUAGAAUGUUCAUUAAAGGAACUGAAAAAGAAAAAAGAAAACCUAAUGGCGACCUAUAGGAAACUCUCUGCAAAGGUGAAAAAGACUAGCAAGACUGGAAGUGUAACAUUUCAAGUUUAUCAUCAUUCCACAUAUUUCUACACUUCACAAAACCUACAUCAACUGGUUUACAUCAAACUCGAGAAGUCACAACAGUUCUUUGCUUCAAUAAUUCUUUUCUUCAACAGUUCUUUGCACAACAGUUCUAAACAACAACUAGACACCGACCCAGAGACCACGGUGCUCGCGUACGUCCGAACGGGCUUGAGGUACGACGUGCCGCCCCGAGUCCCACCGAGCCACCCCGCGCCGUGAGGACUGUUGGCUCGCAAUUCCAGAGACUUCUCGUCGAUCUGUGGCAGAUCCAAGGACGUCUGUGACUUGGCAAGUCACGCGUCGUGAGAACGAGGCUUUA